AGUCGAAGUCAUUGAUAUUCACAUUAGCUCGAGAAUAAGGGAAAGUUAUUUCUUGGUAUAUCUUGACCUCAAUACUUUUAAAUUCACUUUAGUUUGCUUGUGUUAAAGACAUGGGGCUGUACUUGGGUUAACUGUACGGAAAAACGGCAAUUAGAGAUAAUAACGAGUUUCAAAAUUAUACUGAAAGUGAAUAAUAUUCCUGCUCACCAGUUCAAUAUUGCGAAUGCAAUCGCACAGUGAAUUAGUUACAGAAAAAUAAUUAUAGAAGAUGAAAGUGAUUGUGUUACUCUGCGCGCAGUUAUGGUUUCUAUUAGGUACCGAAGCGUUCAUUAUUCCAGAUGAGCUGCCAUCUAUAUUGUCUGUUAUUUACUCCAACAUACCAACAAUCAAGAAAGGUACUGAUUCUAGGUUAGGAUGGGGGUUUCGACUAGGCGACCGAGCAGAUUUUCAAGUGAUGGUCGAAUUAGGUCCUCAGACUAACACUCAGCCUCUGGCUAAUCAAGGAGAGGAAAAUAAUCGAAAAAGGAAUACUCUGGAAAACUUAGCGGAAACAUUAUAUGCCCAAAGAGAACUUGAGAAGCAACUUCUAAAAACGAAACCGCCGAAAAAAAAAUCUAGUUCCGAUGACAACGCAGCUGGAUGGCUCAAAUCAUGGAGCAAAUCUGUAGGUAGAGGCACUUCUAAGGAUGAAUCUUCACUUUUAAAAGCACGUCCUGGCUUGGCAAUUGGAGAAAUCGACGCUAAAUCUGUAAUACCUGAAGACAGUGAAGAAGACAGCAUAUUUCAAGAAAAAACAAAAAAUUUCGUUAAGACGAUGACUUCAACCGAGAAGUCAACGACAUCAAAAGAGGAUGCUUUGGAUAACGUAGAUUUAGACUAACUAACUUGAUAUUUAAUUACUGUUGUUGAAUGAUUUAAAGUUUAUAAUUAUGUGAUGGAUGAAUCAAGUUAUUUAUUUUGCUCAAUAUUUAAGGAAUUUAUAAAGUGUAGAUGAAAUAUAGAACUAUUUUAAUAAAAUUAUAUUCUAAAACAAAA